AAAUUCUUAAUUCUUCAAAUUCCAUUACUGCACAUGCAUUUGUGUAGAGCUUUGAACUGAGAUUAAUAAAGAAUUGUUUUAUUAAUUCUUCCGCAAUUAAUGCUGUUGAAUGAAAACCACUGAGUUCAAGGUUGAAUCAUUUCUUAUUUUCACUUCCCUUUUAGCCAACUUUUUCUGUUCAUGAUUUUCUUUUUCCAUGGCGGCCAUUCAGAAUUCAACACUAAAACUGCAGCAUUGUUUGUACCUCAGCUCGAAUUCUUGAAUCUUGAUGUUCUGUAACCUUUGUUUUAUGAAUUCAGCAGCAGAACUCGACUGCUCCAGUUGUUGGUUGUUUCAGCAACGUCGUUGUGAUGGAAACUCGAAGGCUGCUGUGGUUUAUGGCUUUUGCCUUUUCACUGGUUUUAUUGGUUCAGUACAUUGAACUCCCAUAUGGCUAUGUUAUAUCAUCUCUAUUGUCAACUGGCAAAGCCGGAGUAGCAUCAGCAGACAGUUUCUCGGCUAAUGGGACGGGGGAUCCAGUUAAUCGGACAGUUUCUGGUGGUCCGGAUGCUUCUAGCGCGUCUCAGAAUGUAACAGAGGUGGUGGGUGAGCAAAAGAAGCCAGAGACGAGGAAGCGCUCUGGUGAAGCUUUUGGUGGUGAUGAGCGUGUAGUUGAGCGCUCGUCUGGAGAUUUUCUGGAGAUGAACCUCUCCAACAAGAGUUUGUCUGCAGAAACAGGUAGUAAUCAGCACAAACACGAGCUGCCAAUUUCGAGUGACACUUCUGCGAGAAACUCAUCAGUAGAUAGCCUUCAAGGCGCAGAUGCAGUUCCUCCGUCCAUCAAAGAUGAAGACAGAACUCCCCGGGUUUCUAGUCCACUCUAUUCACCCUCCAAUGCCUCGUCUCCAGUAAGAGAGAGGCCUAGUUUGACACACAGUCAGCUUUCAACUGAAGUCAGCAAUUCAGCCAUCAGAAGGGCUCCUAAGUCGACAAGGAUCAAGGGAGCGCCCACUGUGGUCGUGCCAAUAUCUAAGAUGAAUGAUCUUCUGAGCCAGAGCCGUGUUUUGUAUCAUUCUAUGAAAGCUAGGUGGCCUUCAAAAGCAGACGAUGAAUUGCUGAAUGCGAAGAGACUGAUUGAGAGCGCAGACUCUGUGGCGAAGAACCCUCGUGUCGAUGUUAGCAUCUACAGAAACUUCUCUGCAUUUGCAAGGAGCUACGAAUUGAUGGAAAAAACUCUAAAGAUUUACAUAUACAGCGAAGGAGAAAGGCCCAUUUUCCAUGAACCCGAGCUCAACGGGAUAUAUGCUUCCGAAGGAUGGUUCAUGAAGCAGCUGCAAGAAAACAAGCAUUUUGUCACCAAGAACGGCGACAAAGCCCAUCUCUAUUACUUGCCCUUCAGCUCACACGUGCUGCAGGAGGUUCUCUAUGUGCCUGACUCCCACAGUCGCAAGAACUUGGUCCGUUACCUGAGUAGCUACCUCAAGAACAUCACGACCACACACCGUUUCUGGGACAGAACCAACGGGGCUGACCAUUUCCUCGUUGCCUGCCAUGAUUGGGCACCUGCAGAGACGGGGCGGAUUAUGAACAACUGCAUCAGAGCUCUAUGCAACGCGAACGCCAAGGGAGGGUUCCAGUUCGGAAAGGACAUAUCCCUACCUGAAACGUACGUACGAGAUGCCACGAGCCCUCUCAAGAGCCUCGGAGGGAAACCACCCUCCCAACGCCACAUCCUAGCCUUCUUUGCAGGGAAAAUGCACGGCUAUCUCCGCCCCAUUUUGCUCGACCACUGGGAGAACAAGGACCCCGACAUGAAGAUCUCCGGCAAGCUGCAGAAGGGGAAGGAUCAGACCUACAUCCAAUACAUGAAGAGCAGCAAAUACUGCAUCAGCGCCAAGGGAUACGAGCCCUACACCCCCCGUGUUGUUGAGGCCAUCUUUUACGAGUGCGUGCCAGUGAUCUUAUCAGACAACUACAUCCCCCCGUUCUUCGAGACGCUCAACUGGGAGUCCUUCGCGGUGUUUAUACUCGAGAAGGACAUUCCCAACUUGAAGAAGAUCCUUGCAUCCAUCCCAGAAAAGAGGUAUGCUGAGAUGCAGCAAAGGGUGAGGUUGGUGCAGAAGCAUUUUCUUUGGCAUGAUAAGCCUGUAAAGUUUGAUGUUUUUCAUAUGAUACUACACUCAUUGUGGUAUACUAGGGUUGUGAACAUAGGUGCUUAGGUCUAGGUUUAGACGCACGAGGCCCCGGGUGAAGAGAUGUACAUAUACAUAGCAUGUUCUACAAAUUUCAUUUCAUGCUUCCUUCUUGAUUUCUUGAA